AAUAACUGUUACAAGCAAUAAAAAGCUCAUAUGCAUACCUUUUUUAUUGUAUUAAAUGAAGCUCCACAAGUACAUAAGUAUUCUCUGCUAGUUAGAAGACUUGCUCCCUAGAGUAAUAGUGCUUAAAGCAAUAAUAAACUAUAUAAAUAGUCUUAAAGUGAAAAGAAAUAAGAUGCUAUCUUAUCUAAUGGUAACUCAGGGAGAACCAAAACACUUUUAUAAUCUUAAUAAUAAAAAAAAAUCGUGUUGCUAACAACGCGAGGAUGAUGCUUAUUUUGGUUUUAAAGUCUUAAAUUCUUAGAUUUAUUUUCCUUAUUUUGUGUAUCUUAUCAUAAUAAUAAGACACAUUUCUGGCAACGGUCUCAGUUGAUAACUCAAUGCACACCUGAAAAUUGAGGAUAUCCUAAUCUCAUCUCCUAAUCCUGAGUGAUUAUUCAAAGUCAAGCUUUCUCCGCUAUAUAAAAAUACUGCAUUUAGGAAAAGGCACCUGAUAUCUCGAUGGCGCAAACUCACGUAACGUACAGUGAGGCGGAACGCAUCUGGAGCUGACCUCCACAAAGCUCCUUUUACAAUGAUGAUGCUUCUUUGGGGGCCAUCAUAUUCCAUUCCAUGAAAAACUGGCCCAAGAACAUAUGUCAAAUAUGGGAUGACGACGGGCUGGUAGUGACCUUUGAACAGGAACUCACCUGGGCCAUUCGGAUUGCUCAAUUCUUCAGGAAACGAGGCCUAAACCAUAAGGAUAUCAUAGGGAUAGCAGUACGACACUCAAAAUUCUUGUACCCUUUGCGAUUGGUAUUUCCAUUCCACUCCCCACAUUCAGUGUUGGACGAAGCAACUAUAACGCAAAUGUUCUCAAUAACCAAGCCAAACCUGAUAUUUUGCGAUGGCAAUGUCUAUGAGAAAAUACAGGCAGCAACGAUCGAAUGGCAACCAGAAAUCUAUACUCUCACGGACCACCUUGAGGGAGCGCCAAGCAUAGAAAGUAUCCUAAAACCUACCACGACCGAAAUGCCAGAGCCUCUCGUCGAGGGCAGCGAACAAACCGUGGCAUUGCUCUGCUCCUCCGGAACCACUGGACUGCCAAAGGUGGUGUGCAUUUCGAACCGAAUGUUAAUGAAACCCCUGAGUUCAUCUAUCAAUAGCGAAACUAUUGUACUCUUUCCGACCGCCCUGGACUGGCUCUCGGGGGUGGCAAUGCUUGUGCUCAACACAGUGCUAGGUUACACUCGCAUUCUGAGCAGAAAUCAGUUAACUCCGGAAUAUAUUGUGCAUCUUGUGAGGAAGUACAAAGUAGAGUUCAUAUGCCAGCCGCCAUGUCCUUUAUCUGCUCUGGUUAAUUGUCCAGAGGCCACGAAGGAGUCCUUGUCCUCUCUACGCAUUUUUUUGUACGGUUGCGGUGGAGGAAUUAUUUCACAGACCACGCUACAACGAUGCCAGGAACUCUGUGUGAAUGCGACAAUGAUAAAUUCAUAUGGCACUUCUGAGUCCGGAUUCUUAACAGAAAGCAUUGGCCUUGAAAUAGCUAACUCUUUGGGAGGACCAACUUCGGGUGUCAGGAUUCGCAUUGUAGGCGAGAAUGGUGAAAAUCUAACGUACAACCAAUUGGGUGAGAUAUGUGUCCACAAUGGUAUGACUUGGAAGGGAUACUACAAGAACCCCGAAGCAUCACAGCAGGCUCAGGACUCCGAGGGCUGGAUCCACAGCGGGGAUCUGGGCUACAUUAAUGAACAGAAUUGCCUAAUCAUAGUCGACCGCUGCAAGGACAUCCUCAAGUACCAGCACUUUCACUACUGGCCGGGUGAGAUAGAAGGCGUUAUUAUGAAGCUCCCUCAAGUGCAGGAUGUGUGCGUAGUAGGCGUCCGCAACGAAGUGGAUUACGAUGCUGCAGGAGCCCUGGUUGUCCUGAAAAAGGGAUCAACCAUUAGUGCUUCCGAGAUAGUGGAACAUGUGGCUAUAAACUUACCUGCAAUGCACAAGCAACUCCAUGCAGGAGUACAGUUUACCAACGAAUUGCCUGCAAAUGCCAAUGGAAAAGUUGUGCGCAAGGCAGCUCUCCAGAUUUUUAAUACCUUAAAAGCUGAAUGAAAUCCU